ACUCCUCCUUCAACAUCUUCUUUUCGUUCCAUUUCCCCUUGCAGUAUUUCCCCAAGGGUAAUUCAUUUUAAAUCUUGUUCACAAUGCCCAACGUCUUAAUAACAGGAGGAGCAGGCUUCAUUGGCCAGCUCCUCGCCGAACGCCUGCUCUCAGAACCCCAAUACAACCUCAUUCUAACAGAUAUAAUCCUUCCUCCGAUCCCGCCAAAAGCAAAACAUUCCAAGAAUGUGAAAUCCAUCCAAGCGGAUCUCUGCGAUCCCGCCUCUCUCUCCAACCUAAUCGACACCUCCCUCCCUCUGGACGCAAUCUACAUCUUCCACGGAAUCAUGUCCUCGGGCUCGGAAGCCAACUUUGAGCUCGGAAUGAAGGUCAACCUGACCGCAACUGCAUCUCUUCUCGAGGCUCUGCGGAAAGCGCAAAAACCGGAAACGUCACCACUGCGAGUCAUCUAUGCGAGUUCGCAAGCCGUCUACGGCCAACCUCUGCCAGAAAUCAUCGACGAGACCGUCAUGCCGACACCAGAAGGCAGCUACGGCGCACAGAAACUGAUCUGCGAGACGUUGAUCAAUGAUUACACUCGAAAGGGCUAUCUAAAUGGUUUCUGCUUGCGAUUCCCCACAAUCUCAAUCCGGCCCGGAAAUCCCACACAGGCCGCAUCGAGCUUCUUGUCAGGCAUGAUCCGAGAACCGCUGAAUGGCGUGGAAUGCGUGAUUCCGCUGAAAGAUCGGAGUUUCAAGUCUUGGCUUUGCAGCCCUAAGACGUUGGCCGAGAAUCUGGAAUACGCGUUGCGGGUUGAUGGCAAGAAGUUGCCGAGUCAUAGGAGGGUGGUCAAUAUGCCGGGGAUUGGGGUCACGGUGCAGGAGAUGAUGGAUGCGUUGGCUGCAGUCGCCGGGAAGGACAAGUUGGCACUGUUGAAGGAGGAGACGGAUGUGGAGAUGGAGAGGAUUUUGAGGAGUUGGGGGACGACGUUUGAUAAUGAGUUGGCGUAUGGGUUGGGGUUCAGGAAGGAUGUUAGUUUUGAGCAGGCGGUUAGGGAUUAUAAGGAGAGUUUAGAAGGCCGAUAGUAGAACAUAUACUAAGAACUAUGGUAUUUCAUAUAUUUCUGUCCCG